AUGACCAAGAACGACUACCAAGACCACGCUGAGCCAAGAAAGAAGAAUUUUGUUAGGGUGAAGAACGGACGGGGGGCUCCGAGCCCGCGGGGUCAUGCUGACAGGAAGGAUGCUGUCCCUGAGACGAGGAUGACAGAAACUCCGAGAGACGACCAGGAACAGUUCGUGUGCCAGGAACUGCUCAAAUGCCAAGUGCAGGAGGAGACCCCAGAGGAGGAGGAGGAGGAGGAGGAGGAGGAGGAGCAGGAGGACGCAGGCCUGGUGGCUGAGGCUGAGGCAGUGGCUGCCGGCUGGAUGCUGGAUUUCCUAUGCCUGUCUCUUUGCCAGGCCUUCCAUGAUGGCGGCUCCAAGGCCUUCCAUCGGACCCGCGACAGCACCGAGGCUAUUAUUCAUGGACUAUCCAAUCUAACAGCAUAUCAGUUGAAAACAAUAUACAUAUGUCAGUUUUUGACUAGAAUUGCAGCGGGAAAAUCCCUGGAUGCACAAUUUGAAAAUGAUUAACGAAUUACACCCUUAGAAUCAGCCCUUAUUAUUUGGGCUUCAAUUGAAAAGGAACAUGACAAACUUCAUGAAAAAAUACAGAAUUUAAUUAAAAUCCAGGCUAUAGCUGUUUGUAUGGGAAAUGGCAAUUUUAAGGAAGCAGAGGAAGUCUUUGAAAGAAUAUUUGGAGAUCCAAACUCUUAUACGUCUUUAGAAAGAAAGUUGCUUAUGAUAAUAUCUCAGAAAGACACAUUCCAUUCCUUUUUUCAACACUUCAGCUACAACCACAUGCUGGAGAAAAUUAAGAGCCACGUGAAUUGUGUGCUAAAUGAAGAAUCAUCAGCCUUUCUAAUGAAGGCAUGGCUUUGGGAAGAAGACAAGAAUUUGAGAUCUGGUGUGAGGAAAUAUGGAGAGGGAAGCUGGUCUAAAAUACUGUUGCAUUACAAAUUCAACAACCGAACAAGUGUCAUGCUGAAAGACAGAUGGAGAACUAUGAAGAAACUAAAAAUGAUUUGCUCAGACUGCAAAGACUGAAUGAGUUUGUGAAAGCUGAUAA